AUGAGCGACGGACCGGGAACGUCGCAGGAGUUUUGGGAGGAGGCCAUCGCUCUCCAGCCCACCCCGCAAGUACAGAAUGUGGCACCAGACGAUGAGGGUCCCUACGCCAAGGCGGGUAGGCGACGGUACGUCCUCUCUCCGGACAGCAGCGACGGCCCGUCACCAUUGCACCCACCCAGCGAGAAGGCUCCAUCCUCCCCAACGUCCCCGUCGCGCAGGGCGCCAGACACGACCGUAUCCGUCUCCUUCCUUCCCGCCUCGAUCCGCUCUGGCCCAAUUGAGGGCGCGCUGUCCUACCUGGCGGGCGACGAGUAUCGGCCCACAGCAUUCGGUAACAUAGGGGAUUACAUGGCCAAGAAAGACGUCAAGGUACAGACGCAGAACGCGCAGCUUGCUGUGGCAUCUGAGGCGCUCGGCAUUCCCCAGAUUUUCAAAGGCUUGACGUUCUACAUCAACGGCAAUACGAACCCAUCGAUGCCCGUUCUCCGGCGGCUGAUCGUGCAGCGCGGCGGUACAGUACAGCCUUACAUCCGGACUAAGGGCAGUAUUGACUAUGUCGUCGCCCCGGUUCUGACGCUCGCCAAGUUCAAGGAACUGAACAAGGGCGGCCGCGUGCGGAUCGUGCGCGAGGGUUUCGUUACCCAGUCCGUUGAGGAGGGGAAGGUGGUGGAUUGGCGCAAGUGGCGGCUGGUGGCGCAGGAAGAGGGAGGGCUGGCCGAGUUCAUCAAGGCCACACAGGACAAGCCGGUUGUCGAGGACGAAGACGAGAAGAUGACGAUCGACGAACCGCCAGCAGCCUCGUCCUCACACUUUCCUAUGGCCGCGCCCAAGGUCGCUGUGUCAGGCAUGCUGGCUCGGCCUCUUGUAGCCCAGCAAGGCUUGCUUCCCGCCUCGCCACGCGUUUUUCAGCCACAAGCACAUCGCCCUCCGGGCCUUCCCACUCCCACUCCCAAGCCCAUCGCGUCCAGCAGCGCCUCCAUCCCAGCCAUGGAAGUGCCCAGGCAUGUUGCCAACGUCAAGCAUCUCCACCAGCAGAGCUCGACGUCCAGCGUCAGUGGGACGUCAGCCGCGGUCGACCGCGCGGAGAACAGCUCGCAGACGGACUUUGGCGAGAUGAUCGACCUGGCGGGCGUCGACAUCGCGGAGCUUGAGGGCAAAGCCGCGCCAGCACCUCUGCGGAUCAAGCCUGUGGCCGACGCAACUGCGGCUCCUGCCGAUAAAGCGCCCACUGAGGCCGUCAAAGUGCCUGUAACGGCCGGAGGACCUGAGGCUGUCGAAACUGAAGCAGCUGAAGUCGAGACCACCGGCUCAGACCAGAACCAACCGCCUGCCGAACCCGAAGCCAGAGGAGACUAUUAUGCCCUCUACCGCUCGAACCCGCACGCCUCCCGGCUGAUGAAGACUGAGGGCUUCCGCGAGCAGAUGACUGCGGCGUCGGGCACCUCGUUCAUCGACACGUAUUACCAGAAGUCGCGUCUCCACCUUCUCUCGACGUGGAAGGCGGCGCUGAAGCUCCUCGUCGCCGAAGCUCGGGGCAUGGCGGGCCACGUGCCGCGCGUCCUCCCGCCUGCUGGCGCCGAGCGCGUGUUCAUGCAUGUGGACUUUGAUGCGUUCUUCGUCUCGGUGGGCCUCGCUACGCGCCCACAACUCGCAGGCAAGCCAGCGGUUGUCUGUCACUCCUCUAGGGGCGGGAAAGAUUCGACGUCCGAGGUAGCGAGCGCGUCAUACGAGGCACGCGCCCGUGGCGUCCGGAACGGGAUGAGUCUGGGCCGUGCGCGCCAGCUCUGUGGACCCGAGCUCGAGACGAUUCCCUACGAGUUCGAAACGUACAAAUCACACAGCACGGCGUUCUACUCGGUCCUCGUCGGGUAUGCUGACGAGCUCGAGGCAGUAUCUAUUGACGAGGCGUUGCUCGACGUUACCGGCGCCGUGAAUGCGUGUGCUCUCGCCCCAGAUGCUGCAGACGCUGACCCCGAUCCAGCCGUGACCGUUGCCAAGCGCAUCCGCUUGGCUAUCAAGAAGAAGACUGGGUGUAAUGUGAGCGUGGGGAUAUCGCACAACAUUCUCCUUGCGCGCCUGGCUACGCGCAAUGCCAAGCCGCCCGGUCCCGGGGUAUUCCACCUCAUGGGCCCCGAUAUCGCGCCCUUCCUAUCCGAGCUGGAUGUGGACAACUUCCCAUCCUUCGCGCGCAGCGCGAAGAACAAGCUGGCCGAAGCGUUUGGGGCGACGACGGUGCAGGCUCUCCUCCCACAGUCGAAGGAGGCGCUGCGUCGCGUACUUGGUCCCAAGACUGGCGAUACGCUUUAUAGCUUUAUGCGUGGCAAGGACGACCGCCAGCUCGAACCCGACAAGGCGCGGAAGAGCGUCAGCGCUGAGACAAACUACGCGAUCCGGUUCGCGGACCAGGUUGAGGCCGACGCGUACCUUGGCAAUCUCGCGGACGAGGUUUCGAAACGACUCAAGGCCAUCGGGGCCAAGGGGAGGCAUGUGACACUCAAGAUCAUGGCUCGCGACCCAAACUCGCCAGUCGAGCCACCCAAGUUCCUCGGACAUGGGCACUGCGAGACGUUCAACAAGUCGGCUCCGCUUGCGCGGCAUACCAACGACGGAGCGAUGAUUGGCGCAGAGUGCAUUAAGCUCCUGCACGGCAUGUUGUUGAAUCCGGUCGAGCUGCGCGGAGUCGGAAUUCAAGUGACAAAGCUGGAGUUUAGUGCCGAGGUGGUGGGCGGACAGCCCACGCUUUCUUUUACGAAACUGGCCGCCAAAAUGGAAGAGGGACAGCGGCCUCUUUCAGCAAUGCUGAAGGGCGCUGAACUGGCGAAACCUACCACCGAGGCCAAGACGGUCCCAGAGCCCAGUGAGGAAACUGAGCCGUCGCCCAGUGCGCUCGUCGGAUCACCCACUCCUCCCGCUCCGCCGUCUCCGGUUUUGCGCGGACAUGUCUCGUCAGAGCUGGACCCCGACCUCCUCGCUGCCCUCCCGCUGGAACUACACGCCGACGCGCGCGCUCAAUACCGCGCCGAACGUAAGCGUCAGCGUGAGGAGCCCUCUGAACCGGAACAAGAACCCCAUCCCAAGAGGCCGCAACUGAACCCCGCAGCACACAUCACGCGGCAGCUGCGGCCCAAGACAAAAACCCAGCUCCGCGCAGGCGAGGUCGCUGAACUACCACUCUAUACGGCGUGGGGCCGUGGCGGGCGCCGCUCACGAACCGGUUCACGGGCAGGCUCGAGAAUGGGUACACGGGAGCCCGAGUCGCGUGGUGGAUCCGUACCCGCCGACGAGGUCAUUGAUGUUGAGGAAGCAGAGACGCGCGAGCUGCGCGCCCUCGGUAUUGACCCGGACGUGUUUGCCGCCCUACCGCCCGACGUACAGGCCGACGUGGUUGCGCAGGAGCGGGCGCGGCGGCCCGUCGUCAAGGGCGGGAACGGCAAGAAACGGGUACCGAGGGCAGGGCGGGCCGCGCCGGUUGCGCAGGCCGCGGCGAAGCCUGCCCUCUUUGGCGAGCGGAGCACGGCGGGCGUCGCAGGCGUGCUCGCCUCUUGGGUCAAUAGUGGACCGCCGGCGAGCCGCGACGUCGAGCGCGUGACGAGCUAUCUCCGUAAAUGCCUUAAUGGGCUUGGCGGGGUUGAGCACGUCAGCUCUCUGCUCCGGUCCAUGCGUGCUUUGGAGCCAGGGGGAGAGUGGGCGGAUGUGUGGGAGACGCUGAGGGCCGCUGUGGACGAGGGCGUGAGGGAACGGAUGGGGGCUGGGUUGCGGCUGUAG